UUGUGAAUGACGUAAUGAGCGUAAAACAAAAUGGCGUCGUCUUAGGCAUAAACCGAUGUGAAUGAGUUUAUCGUCGAAGAAGUGUGCCUCUCUCGAGGCUCGGCUGUUGUCCUACGGCAAUUCCCUGAGAGAAUAAUCUCGACGAUCAGAUAAGUGUCUCGGAGGCGUCGCUGGAGCGAAUAGCCUGCGGUUCUUCUCGCCUUUCUCCCGCAACCCUCCGGUGACAGCCGGGGAGGCGAGGUGCUGACAGACAGGAUGGACAGCGGAGAGUACAUCUCCACCAUGGAGAACAUGGACACGACUUUGGCGGAAUUAGGAGACGAAUUCACUUUGGGAGACAUCGACGAGAUGCUUCAGUUUGUCAGUAACCAGGACUUCCCAGACCUGUUUGAGGACCAGAUGACCUCAGCAGGCUCUACACAGAGCAGUGGCGCCAACACCGCCCCACGACCUGCCGUUCAAACCCCUCAGACCCCUCAAACCCCCAAACCUCCCCAGACACUGACCCCAGCUGUCUACCAGAGCUCCAAUGUUCAGACACUCUCCCCCCAGUCUCUACCCCUCACCCCUCCCCUCACCCCCGCCCAGACACCCUCCCCCACCAUUGCCUCCUCAGGGCAGCAGCAGCAGCAGGUGACCCGCAGCCCCCCACUCCUACAGCCGAGGCCACAACUGGUUCAACCCAUCCAGCCGCAGCAGACGGCCCAGCCCACCAUUCAGAUGCACACCCAGGGGAUCCCCAUGCAGACCCAUAGCUUCCCGGUCCACACUCUGGUUCAGACCCACAACCAAACACCCCUACCCAUCCAGACCCAGGCAGCACAAACUGUGAUGAUCACCCCUAACGGUGGACGUUUGAUCCAGAGUCCUGUCAUCUGCCACCAGAGCCAUGCUCCUAGUUUCCAAGUCCUUCAACCACAGGUGCAGAGCAUUGUGACGUCGCCACAGCUUCAACCGAUGACCAUUCAGCACCAGCGCGUUCUGACACCGUCUGGUCAGACAAUCCAGACUCUCUCCACAGCGCCUACCACAGUCCACACUAUGCAACAGCAGGUGCAGCAGGUUCUGGUCCAGCAGCCUCAGAUUCUGAAGACAGACUCACUUGUUCUGACCACACUCAAACCAGAUGGCACACAGGUGCUGUCCACCAUGCAGAGCCCCACAGGGAUCACCACCUUGACCACGCCCAUCCAGAACACAGCUCUUCAAGUCCCGACACUGAUGAGUAGCAACAUCCUGACCACCGUCCCUGUCAUGAUGGGUGGAGGAGGAGGAGGAGGAGACAAGCUGCCGAUCAAACAGCUACAGCCGGGCUCUUCACACUGCACAAAUGGAGCCAGAUCAAACAUGGAUCAAGGCCAGGGGAUGGGAGGAGGAGUGGGCCCGGGAGGAGUGGUGAAGGAGGGCGAGAGGAGGACGACCCACAACAUCAUUGAGAAGAGGUACCGCUCCUCCAUCAACGACAAGAUCGUGGAGCUGAGAGAUCUGGUCAUGGGCAAUGAUGCCAAGAUGCAUAAGUCAGGAGUGUUGAGGAAGGCCAUUGAUUACAUCAAGUAUCUGCAGCAGGUCAACCACAAACUACGACAGGAGAACCUGGCCCUUAAGAUGGCCAACCAGAAGAACAAGCCAGUGACGCUGCCUGAAGAUGUGGAGCUUAAACAGGAAAUCGUAAUGAUGUCACCUCCAGCCUCGGAGUCUGGUUCUGGUUCCCCGUCCCAGUUCUCUCCUUACUGUGUGGACUCAGAGCCAGGCAGCCCAUUACUGGAUCACGAACAGUUGAAGAGUGAGCCAGACUCUCCCUCCUCGGUCGGAGUGAUGGACCGCUCUCGACUGCUCCUCUGCGCCCUGACCUUCUUCUGUCUGUCCCUAAACCCGCUGCCGUCUUUGUUGGGUUCUGAGGCCUCAGGGAGCCCCAACUUUUCUCCAGGCCACGGGCCAUCGAGAACGCUGGUCUGGUUCCCGAGUCACACACAAGACUUUGCAUCCUGGCUUCGGUGCCUGUUGCCGUGGGUGAUGGUGUGGGUGCUGAGCGGGGUGGGAGCUGUGUGGGGUUGCGUCAGGGUGCUUUACCUGUGGGAGCCCGUCACACCCCUCCACUCGCCAAAAUCUGUGUCGUUCUGGAGGCACCGGAAACAAGCUGACCUCCAUCUAAACAGGGGAGAUUACACAGCAGCGAUGGCCAGUUUAGAAACAUGCCUGUCCGUCUUGACCAGAGCUCUUCCCUCAACCAAUCUGGACCUGGUCUGCUCGCUGUCCUGGAACAUGAUUCGCUACUUCUUGCAUCGUCCAACACCCCUGGGCUGGCUCGUUCACCAGGUUAGGGGGAAGCAUGAGGGGGAAGAAGCUAGGACUAGUGCCAAGGACGCGGCACUUGUUUACCACCGGCUGAGCCAGCUUCAACUCACAGGAAAGCUGCCUCAGCGCAGCAGCCUGUGGGCUUUGUCUCUGUCUCUGAGUGCUGUCAACCUCAGCGAGAGCGCCCAAGGCAAAAUGGCCCCCGCCCAGCUCACCCAGAUGUAUGUCACUGCCGCAACAGCCCUGCGCACUGUGCUGGGCCACCACCUCUCCUUUCUACCUGGUUAUCUGUUGAGUUGUGCCGAGAGUGUGGCCAACCAGUCAGAGACAAAGCCGAUCCCUGACUGCCUGCGCUGGCUUUUCACCCCAUUGGGCAGGCAGUUCUUCCUGAGUUGUGAUUGGUCAGUGAAGUCCGAGAGCACCGACGGAGUGUACACUUCUCAGAGAGACCCAGCUGACCCUAUAGCCCAGCUGCACCGCUGCUUCUGCAGGAAGCUUUUGGAAAGAGCCGUUCACACCCUCAUACAGCCGCAGAGCGACUCUGAAGGAGGCAAACGCCACAAUGACUCUGGGGAGUUUUCCAGUGCCCUGGAGUUCCUCCAGUUAUUGAACAGCUGUACAGAGGACUCUCCCUCCCCUCCUCCUCCUUUUUCAACUCCUCCCAGUCACACCACUACUCCAGUCGGUGACCCUGUGAGCCGUUGGUGGGCUUUGGUCCUGAAGGCUGCCGUGCACUGGCUACAGGGCGAUGAUGUCGCAGUGAGGUCACUGUUGGCAGAAGCAGAGCGAAUGCCGAGGGCUCUACACACUCUUGACCACCCACUGCCCAAGGCUGUGCUGCUGCUUUGCAAGUCAGUUCAGAUGAGUCUCUCCCCUCUGAAGGGAGAGGGGGCAGUAGCCUGCCUGUCCCACUGUGACAGAGCCAGCAGCUACCUGCGCUCCAGCGUCUCAGUGCCUCUUGCCCAGUCUGGAAACUGGCUGAACAAGGGAGUGGAGCUCCUGGUCUGUGACCUCCUGCUGACCUUGAGGACCAGUUUAUGGCAGCGAGGAGGCAGCAGCAAUGGAGAACCUGGCCCCGCCCAUGGGUCCCAGUUGGCUGGUUUCCAGAGGGACCUCAGCGCGCUCAGAAAGCUCACACAGUGCUACAGACAGGCGCAACACAAGGUGUUUCUUCAUGAGACCACAGUGAGGCUGAUGGCUGGUGCCAGUCCCACACGCACACACCAGCUGCUGGAGCACAACCUCCGGCGCAGGACACACAGCGCCUAUACAGCCGACGGUGAGUGCGUCCUGGGUGAGAGGGAGAGGGCUCACGCCAUCCUCCUGGCCUGCCGCCACCUGCCCAUGCCUCUGCUAACCCCGCCCGGGCACCGUGCCCGCCUGCUGGCCGAGGCCAAGCGCACCCUGGAGCGUGUGGGAGACCGGCGGUCCCUGCAGGACUGUCAGCAGAUCCUGCUACGCCUCAGCGGAGGCACGACCAUCGCUGCCUCCUGAACGCGCGCGCACACACACACACACACACACACACACACACACACACAUACACACACACACAUACAUACACAGAUUAGGGCUACUCAACGGAACAAUGAACUCGGUAAUUUUCUCUAAUAAAUACAAAGAUGUGAACCAGGCAACUCAUCCACCAACAACAUGUAAUCCUAUAAUUUCUCACCCAUUCACACCCUCAUAGAGACAAAAGACCAUGGAUAUAAAGACACUUCAAACUGCCACACUGCUCUCACACACAUACAGCUGAUAAUUUUACUGUCACAGCUACAUCAAGCUCUCAGCCCUAUAUCUACACAGCCGCUAAAACACUUGAAGAAGGCUCUUUUAAUACUUUGCUUUUAUUGUUGCAGCACAAUCAUGCCACCUUCUGGACAUUAAUGAUACUCUGCUGGCUAACUGCCUCAAUUCAAACAGUGCUACACAACAACAACAACAACAACAACAACAAGGAAAAUCAGGUUUAAUAGGCCCCAAAGGGAAACCAUUAUCUGAUAGCUGUUUAAAUUAAUACAAUGCAGCAGUGCAUUGAUUAGCUGUGGGAUACCCAGCUGUACAAUCACUAUUGGCACACUGCAAUGUGAGUGUGGCAAUAAAUGUGCAAUGUCUCAUUGAUAUUGCAAGGCUCAAUUAAGAGUAGACAAGUCUGUUAAGCGUGGCUGCAGACUGCAGACAGGCAGACGAGCUUGCUUUUAACCAUACAGUGCUGAGUAGUGUUUCUUCUUAUCUACCUCAUAACACUGUGCAAUGCUAGCAUUGUGCUGUGGAGCAAAAUAGAAUACUUAAGCACCAUGUCAGUUAUCCUGGAUUUGAAUUAAGUGACCAUUCGAAGUGAUGCUUGUGCUUCAACACAGCGCAGCAUCUUUGUAAUUGAACCCUCCUGGGCUGCUUUAUUUAGACUUUAGGAUGCAGCAGUACUUGACUGGAUGUUUGCCGAGAGGAUGACAGACAGCUUACUUGCUGACACACUUGCAAGAAACAAGGAAAAAUGGCUGGAUUUGGGGAAUGUCUAUACAGCAGAGGGAAGCAGCCAAUCACGGGACGAUUUAAAAAUGGCUACCUAAAAACUCAAAUACACACUCACACAGAUGCAUAUACAUAUUAUGUGUUAAAGUAAGUGCAUACAAACUCACAGUGUGAUUGUAUAUAGGUUGUACAUAGCCAGAUAAACAGAAGUAGAUUAAAACAGGAAGUCCUUAUUCACUGCCUGAGAGGAGGAGGAGAAACAUCAUAGGAUGCACCGUGAUGGUCUGAAGCUCUGACCUGGAGAGCGAGGUCAGCUGCCUCACCUUUAAAAUGAUACCAUACAAUCAGAACAGUGGCUGCGGUCAGUCACAAGUCAUGAUGGCUUUCGCAGCAGAAAAGAAAGUAUAACAUCUGUGAAGGCUCCUGCGGUCCAGUCUUUGCAAAAAGCCAUCUUUAGAGCCCACAGGCAGUGAGCGUCAGAUACACGUCAUCUCGAUAAUAUGAUGUUGGGCGGUGGAUCACUUGAGGUAUAUCUCGGUGAAAAUGAUCUGGUAAAAGUGAAGAAGGGCAUUUCUUGGAAGUGAUCUCCACCUAUGAUGUAAAGCUCUCAAGCAAAAUGGCCUUGAUGUUAUAUCAGAUAUUUUAUUAUGUUUCAUCAUGUUUGGAAUGAUGGAGAGGUUGUAUCUUUGUGAAUUCUUUGUCCAGUUUGCUUUUUAUUUGUAAUUAUCGACUUAUUCGCGAUACAGCAAUUUUUCGUCAUUCCUCUUUCUGUGCUCUGAAUCUUAUUUAAUGGUAAUGUGAUAUUAAUAUAAAUGCUCUUUAUUGGGGGAAGGGAGCAGUUUUGCAGUUAUGUCAUUGUUAUUGUUUUAUAUCGAUACAAGCAGCCUAGGGUCAGGAACUGUUGGCGGGAGAAUCUCUAAUAGAUGUUGUGUAUUUUAUUGAAGAAGUAAAGCCCACAUUUAAACAAAUAGCUUGAGAUUUUAGAAUCACUCUUUCUUUGGUACACGCCGUCAUUUCUCUGCUGUUUUAAAGAUACAAGCAAACAAGUGUAUGCUUUUAGAAAUUUUCAGAACUCUGUCUUCCAGGUCAACUUGAGUUUUGAAAUAGAGUCAUGAAAAUGCUGAUAAUAUAUCAGUUUAGUUGAUCUUUCCUGACUGGUAAAAGUGUGCAGGAAAAGAAAGCAAUGCUCAACCAGCCAUCAGCAGGCUGAAGAUUUUGCUAUCAUUAGAAUUAUGUUACAAUUUUUUUUUUCUUUUGUCUUUCCCCUCAAUGUGUUUCUUUGUCUGAAUUUCUUUGUUCAUUUUGAUGUUUGUUUUUAUAAUAAAACGACACAUUGCA